AUGAGCGGCGGUAGCCCUAGUCCCCUUGACUCUACGCCAACGUCGUCACCUUCACCGGCUGUGUUCGUCAUGUCGCCGCACGUCGAUGAACCGGCGACGCUAAGUCCCGGGCCACCACCGCCACCCCGCAGUAACCUUCCCACACCAGAAUUUGGCCGUCCAGUUGCCCGGAACGGCCGUGAACACCAACGUCUCAAGAGCUUGCUUCGCAGGAAUCCUGGUGGUGGCAAGGGACCACUGCAGUACACUCAGCAAGGUUCGGUUCCGAGCUAUUCGUCCACGCCCUCACCUGCGCCCGCCAAUGCACCAGUAGAGGAAGAGGACGACGACGACGAGUGGCUGUUAGAAGGGACAAGUACCAACGGCCAUGUCAAUGCGACCGUGUCAGUUGGACGGGAGGCGAGUAACCUCUCUCGCUCCGUUGAUACCCUCUCGCUCAACGAGUCGGACAGCGUCUCGCCCGUCGAAAGCACCGCCCCCGUUGUUAUCAGUGAGAAGCCAAGUGCCAGCGAGAAGCGUCGCAGCAAGAGCAAGUCUUUGGCCAAGAAGACGAGUCGACUGUUCAGCCGCAACGGCAACAGCAACAGUAACAGUAACAGUAACAGUAACAACGAGGACAGGCAAGAGCAGCUUGCGCCGCCCGUGCGACACAACUCGGUCUCGUCGGCGGCGUCUGGCGAUUCAUCACGGUCCUCCAAGCAUUGGAGUAUUACACGCGUUGGAGGAGGUCCAAAGGGUAGCCCACCACGAAGGACCCACGAUCCAUCAGCGCAGCCGUCGUCUUGGCAUCCUCCACCGUCCUCGUUUGCACUUCGCCGCAUGUCGUCGUCAACAACUGACAGUGACUCGUCAUCAAUCCCGGCUCCCAUCCCGCGACUCCGAAACCGCGACAGCUCGUCACACCUUAGCGCAUCUGUUCCCACUAUCCGUAACCUUACAACAUCACCCACACCGCAACAACAAGCACAAUACGCACAGAUUAGGCAAGACGCAACAGUUACUCACCGCGUAUCGGCAUGGUUCUCAAACUUCAUUCCCACCGGAGGUGAAAUGAGCUCCCCUUCGUCCCAAACCCAACCCGACUCCCCACAGCCUUCUUCCUCCCCGCUCCGUAAACAGCCGUCCGUUGCCGCGUCCUUCCUUGGCGGAGCACGCAACAAGGCCGCAGCCGCUGCACGUUAUCUGAUGGAUUCCGAGGCCCAGCCUGACCGGUGUCAGGACACUAUGUGGGUCAUGGGUCUCCCACACCCAGGCUGGACGCCCCAGUCCGAAGACAUCUGGGAUGAUAACGCGUCCACGCGCGGCGAGAUCUCACCACCGUCAUGGACGACGCGUAUCAAGGAGAGUAGCGGCACUUACUCGUCCUCGCCACCCAGUGGCGGUGGCGGCAGGUUUGGCAACAUUUUCAGCUCCAGCUUCAACUUGGCCGCUGUUGCCCAAGGUGAUCCGUCGACACCACCACCAGACGCUCGCACGCGCAAGGAAAAGCCAAAAGAGGUCCUCAAGUGGCCGGAUCAAUUCUACGAUGACUUCCGUACGCGCGUGUGGUGCACAUACCGCAACCAGUAUGCGCCGAUUUCACCAUUACCCCCUGGCGUGCUGCUCCCCAACCCUGCGGCCUUCUUCGGUGCCUUUGCUGCCGCCGGUGACGGAAAUCUCCCACAGCCUAGCCAGCUGGGCUCUGGUUCACAAUCUGGCCGACUGUCCAACGGUCCAUGGGGACUGUUCAAGAACGAGGGCGGCUUAACGAGCGACUCUGGGUGGGGCUGCAUGCUCCGCACAGGCCAGAGCGUUCUCGCUAAUGCCCUUGUGCAUUUGCAUCUUGGACGAGGUGGGCCGAGCACGAGCCCCGAGACGCCCGCUGAGCUGGCCGAGCUUGAAGCGUACGCGACCUAUGUUCGCCUCUUGUCGUGGUUCCUUGACGACCCGUCGCCGUUGUGUCCCUUCAGCGUCCACCGCAUGGCGCUCAUUGGCAAGGAGCUUGGCAAGGAGGUCGGCGAGUGGUUUGGCCCAAGCACAGCCGCUGGCGCGCUCAAGACACUCGUCAACUCGUUCCCGCUCAGUGGUUUGAGUGUCGCGAAUGCUGUCGACGGUAUCGUGUACCGCUCGGACGUGUAUGCCGCGUCCAACAUUUCGUCUGAUGAGUGGACGCCGGGCCAAGGCGGAUCGCUGCGGCGCUCUCGUCCCAGCUCGGCCCUCAACCAUCCUGGUUGGGGUGGCAAGGCCGUCCUCAUUCUCAUCGGACUCCGCCUGGGCCUCGAUGGCGUGAACCCUAUAUACUAUGACUCUAUCAAGGUGGGUUACAGGUGUGGAGAAACGUCAGCUAACCCUCAGACUCUGUUCACUUUCCCUCAGUCGGUUGGUAUCGCGGGAGGCAGGCCCUCGUCCUCGUACUACUUUGUGGCGUCACAAGGCAACUCACUCUUCUACCUCGACCCACAUACCACGCGCCAGGCCGUCCCUCUGCGUACGCCACCGCAAUCGGCUGCUAUGCCUUUCGCCACGAGGAGACCGUCCACGUCCGCGAGCAACUACUCCGAGUUUAUGGAGGACGACGUCGAGACCACCAGCCAGUCCAGCAGCCAGUCGGUGCCUCAAGUCGACGUGGUCAAUGUCGACGAGGACGCCGAGGUCGCCACCGUCAGCCCACCGCGCAAGUCGUCAAAGACUCGUCGGCGUCUCGCUGCAGUCACGCAGCCUCUGCGUAUCGUCCCCGACACUCCACCGCGCCGCAGGGGCUCUGUCUCAUCGGCUGCCGACCCCUCGACGCCGACCUUUAGGAGCUCGUCACGCCAAUCGGUGACUUCUCCCUCCCCCGCACGCCCAUCUGCCACGCGCCAGUCGACAGCAAGCUCAUCAUCGUCGUUCCGCUCCAAGCCGUCCCUCCCCGUGGACACCCAGACUGCAUGGUACGCGUCGGCUUACUCGGAGCCCCAGCUCAGGAGCUACCACUGUGACAAGGUCAAGAAGCUGCCGCUGUCUGGUCUCGACCCCAGCAUGCUUCUCGGCUUCCUGUGUGCGGACGAGGCGGACUUUGAGGACUUUUGCGACCGCGUCGGCAAGCUCCCACAAAAGAUCUUUACAGUCCAGGACGAGCCGCCGGUGUGGAGUGAGGAUGAGGACGGCGCGCUGGAAAGCGUGUCAGAACCUGUGUCUGAACCCGAGGACGACGACGAGCUGGCCCUGGCAGGCAGCGAACAGAGUGAGGAUGCCGACCUGGACCUCGAUGUCGAUGUCGAUGCUGUCGACGAGUUUGGCCGUCUUCCUGUACGAAGUGGCGCUAUGCGCGAGGACACCAUUACGCCCUCUACCGCUGGAGCCGCUGGAGGUGUUGCGGCAGUGGCAGCGGGCCUGGCGACGUUUGUCCAGCGCACGUUUACGCCAUCGUCUUCACCCCCAGCGGGCAGCCCCUCGGCCACGUCGCCCGCGGACAAGGACGACGAUGGUGACGACGAUGACGACGCCGAGACCACUGUCGAAGUCCACAUGACGACACGGCGCGAGGAGGGGACUGCCCGCGGCCUCAGCGCCGCCCUCGACCACCCUUCGGACCGCACCUUCGGCGACAGGGCCCGCUCGGCGUUCCAGCAGCGUGAAACCACUCCCGCGGCCGAUGUCCACUCUACCCCACGCAGCACGUCGCCGUCGCUCCCGGCCAGCCCCAAGAAGUCGGCCAGUGUGGGUUCACACGAGUCUGACGAGCUUGACCAAGUGGAUGUGACGACCGCUUCGAUUGGGACUCUGAUGGAGCCUCCCAAGGCGGCUUCGCGUGCUCGCGACACUCUCACCCCUCCGUUCCUUACUUCCUCUACUAGCGACGAGAAGACUCCCAUGGCCACGCCAGCGACUACAGCUCCAGUGCGCCGCGUCGCGACGCCUGUCGCCGAGCGCGAGCACAGCGCCGUGGUGUUUUUCGCCAGUGCGCGCGAGAUCCAGCCGCCAAAUACAUUCACCCACGCUGCCGACCCUGAGACGAUUGACGACGAGCCCUUCCUUGUCGACCGCGAUCCCGAGCCCGAGCUCGAGCCCGAGCUCGACCGCGAGCCUGAGCCAGAAGCCCCGCACACCCCCGUCAAGGUCAAGGCCUCGCCUGCAAGCUUUGACAAGCCCCUCCCUGCCUCGCCAGUGCUAGGGGCCAUCAAGCCCAAGCCCCUCCCUGCGUUCCCCCACUCCCAGUCGCGCGAAGAGCUCGACGACGAGGACGAGGAGGAUGCCGAAGAGCUGCAAGAGGUCGUCUCGUCGCCGGCCCUCACGGCCAUCUCGGCUUCGGAGCGGUAUCCCCUCGUCGACCCCGACUCGCCGUUCAUCGUCCCGCGCACGAUCCACUCGCGCAACGUGUCCACGUCGUCGCGCCUGUCCGCGUCGUCGCAAGGGUCCAUUGUCCCGCCCCCGCGAUCGGCGUCGUUGGUCGCCCCGACCAUCACCGCAGCGACACCGCCGGCGGUGGCGGCCGCUAUUGAGAUUCCGGCCAGUAUGACGCCGAUCCCGCGCCGCAGGGUAGACGACGGGGACGAGGAUGAUGACGAUGACGAGGACGAGGAGAGAGACGGGAACGGGGACGGGGAAGGCGAGAGCUUUGCGGACGAGAGCUUCGGUUACGCGCGCCGCGGGGGUGACCACCACCUCGACCACGACGCAGUGUCCACACCCAGCUCGGCGGCCGUGUUCGUCGACCACUCUCCCGACUACUCCACUCCAUAG